AAAAAUGUUUGACAAACUCGUAGUUAUAGACGCUUAAGGCCAUUUAUUGGGAAGAUUAGCAUCCUAUGUUGCCAAAGAACUUUUAUCCGGAUAAAGAAUUGUAGUAGUAAGAGCCGAAGGCAUUAACGUUUCCGGAUCACUUUUCAGAAACAGAGUUAAAUUCAGUGAAUUCUUAAACAAAUGGAUGAAUCACAAUCCCAGAAGAGGUUUCUAACAUUUCAGAGCCCCUACAAAAAUUUUCUGGAGAUGUGUAAGAGGAAUGAUCCCUCAUUUAACACCCAGAGGAGCUGCUGCCUUAUAAAAACUCAAAAUUUUUGAAGGAGUACCUGCACCAUACGAUAGAGUUAAGAAAUAAGUCGUUGUUGAUGCAUUAAAAGUUUAAAGAUUGAAAAACUAAAGGCACUAUUGUAAAUUAGGAGAUUUGAGCAAUUCAGUUGGAUGGAGCAAAUAAAACUUGGUCGAUUAAUUAGAAACUAAAAGAAAAGCUAGAGCAACUACUUAUUUCUAAAAGAAAGUUAAGGCCCAUAACGAAAGAUAAAAAGAACUUGGAUUACCUUAAGUUAAAGCUAUUAAGAAUUAACUUGCAUAAUAUGGAUAUUGAGUUCAUUUCUUUUUAUUUCUAUAUUUUUUUUAUUUUAAGUUUUAUUUAGAUAUUGGAAAAAAAAAAAUGCUAUUAAUUUUUUUUUUAAUAAAAUAUAUUAUUGAAUGUUGAUUGUAGUAUUUUUUUUUUUUUUUCUUAAAGAAAUUAUAUAAUGUUUUUGUUAUUUUUUCUUUUGUUUAUUAAAUUAUUUAAACAUUAAUAUAUUU